UUCAUAGCUCCAUCUCUCAACCAAAAGCAAACCAUCUCAUUGUUCUCUCUUCCUCGAUCUACAGCCUUCUUUUACUUUUUUGCAAGAAUUUGAUGAUAUGUUGAAGCUUUUUGCAUAACUCCAUUGAAGAUUUUAUCUCUUUCACUAGCUGGAGCCAAAGAGGUGAAGAAAAAAAGGGACCUCUGAGUGAUAUCUUUUGUUUUGCUACGAAGGACUAAAGCUUAUAGGAGCUUUUGAGGCCAAAAGAGAUAAAAGAUGGUGGAGGAUGUCACGACUCGUCGGGAAGAGGAGCUCGCAAUUGAAGAAAUUUCGUCCCCUCUUAGUGUUCAACUGCUUGAGUAUUAUAACUCUGAGUUAUUCCCAGAAAACAUACAGAAUUCCGAUGUUAGCUCGUUUCCACAUAGCAACUGCUUAUACGACAAAAGCUCCAACCGGAUGACCGAUCCUAAUUUGUUACAGAAAGACGAAGACAUCCCCAAAAGCAGUAAUGAUAGCAGCUGCAGCAACAACAUCAACAAUAGUACUAACAACGGGAACCUCCCUGCGAUAUUCGAUGCACAAGAAGAGAUUGAUGAUAUAUCUGCCUCGAUUGAUUUCUCAACCUCUUCUCCAUUCUACGUCUCCCCUGCUCAAUUCACAAACACUCAACAGGACCAAUUCGAUGACUUUUCUUCACCACAAUCGCAGAUGCCAUUAACCAGUGUUGUUGCAAAUGGUCUCCCUCCUUAUCCUAAUUCAGAUCUGAUGGGGCCUCUGAUGGUCCCCCCAUUGCCAUCAAUCGUCGAGGAAUGCAUAUCUUCGGCUCCUUGCAGUACUUUUCUUCCCCCAACCAAUCCGACCUUCAUGCCCGGACCUGGAGGGAACAUGAACGUUGCAUUCUGUGCCGAUACUUCUGGGAUUUUCCCUGGGAAUAUUCUGCAGCCUCAGAAGCUGGAUUACCGGGGAGAUGGAGGUGGCUUUUACUAUCCAGAUUCGAAGCCGCAGAUAUUUAAUCCCGGAGAUAUUCAGGCACUUAGCAUCGAGAGCCAAAAGCUUCUCAAUGGGAAUGCAAGUACUCCGACCACGCCUCUGCCUCCUGAGAUGUCAGCCUUCGAGGACCCGACCUUCAAAGUUGGCAAGCUCUCAGUUGAAGAGAGGAAGGAGAAGAUUCACCGUUACUUGAAGAAGAGGAACGAGAGGAAUUUCAGCAAGAAAAUCAAGUAUGCAUGCCGCAAGACACUUGCUGAUAGUAGACCAAGGGUGAGGGGCAGAUUUGCGAAGAACGACGACUUCGGGGACACCCAAAGACCCAACUCUAGCAGUCAUGAAGAGGAUGAUGAUGAUGAAGUAGGGGUGAAGGAAGAUGACGACACAAUGGACUCUUCAGACAUCUUUGCUCACAUAAGUGGGGUGAAUUCCUUCAAAUGCAGCUACUCCAUCCAGUCAUGGAUCUAACCAUCUUUCCAUCCAACACUUCCGAACGAGAAGAAACCGUACAAUUUUGCGAGGCUAAGUAUGUCUCCAGCUGAAUACUACAUACGUACUCAACCAUAGUGAUCAGGCAGGAGUGAAGGUGCCACAAUUAGGUGGUAUCAAGAUGCGGUACUGACUCAGAGGGUAGCCGGGAUCGCGUUGUAGUAGAUAAAUACAGAAUAAGGGGGUCGUAUAGAUAUUGACAAUAGUUUAAAUGGGGCCACUUGAGAUAGAGAGAGUAGAUAAGAAUGUUAUGGAAUACUGCCUUCUUUACAUGUAUAUGUCAGGUCUGUGCGGCUGUAAAACUGUUCAGGAUGAACAUCCAGUAUACUUGGGCGUAAUUUAUCUCACCAUUUACAGUA